GUCCAAUGAUUUGGGUUCUGUAAAUUCACAAGUUGAUCCGGCGAGUAGAAGAUCUGACGACGCUGUUCACCGGCGACUCCAAGUUUCUUAAUGCGAUUUGAUUGAUUCAUAAAGGAGUGUAUUUUGUAAUCUCUUGGAUUCAGUCGAAGAAAUAUAUUAAGUGGAAAAUUUGUUCUCAAGAUCGACACAUACUUUGCAUGUCGAAUUCUUAUCGGCCUUGUUCAGCUUGAAAAUUGAAACCGAAUAUUAGAAAAUUCAUCGAAGUGUUGUUUAGAUAGUGGAAUUCUCUAUAGAUUUCAGAAAAUGGAAAGGAUAAUGAGCAAGAUGCGGAAUUUGGAUGCGUAUCCUAAGAUCAAUGAGGAUUUCUACAGCAGAACGAUCUCCGGUGGUCUCAUCACCCUUGUAUCUUCCAUCUUAAUGCUUCUGCUUUUCUUCUCCGAAAUGAGAUUAUAUCUUAAUUCUGUAACUGAAACUAAGCUAAUCGUAGACACCUCAAGAGGAGAACGACUCCGAAUCAAUUUUGAUAUCAUAUUUCCAUCACUUCCAUGUACAAUACUCAGUAUUGAUGCUAUGGAUAUCAGUGGAGAGGAACAUCUUGACAUUAAACAUGAUGUUUAUAAAAAGCGACUUGAUGCUUAUGGUAAUGUCAUAGAGUCAAGACAAGAUGGCAUUGGAACUCCCAAGAUUGAAAGGCCUUUGCAAAAACAUGGUGGAAGACUUCAACACAAUGAAACAUAUUGUGGUUCAUGUUUUGGUGCUGAAUCAUCAGAUAAGGAAUGUUGCAACUCAUGUGAAGAUGUUCGUGAAGCAUACAGAAAGAAAGGUUGGGCAAUGUCAGAUCCAGACAUGAUUGACCAGUGCAAAAGGGAAGGAUUCCUACAAAGAAUCAAAGAUGAACAAGGUGAAGGGUGUAAUGUAUACGGAUUCUUGGAUGUAAAUAAAGUUGCUGGAAAUUUCCAUUUUGCCCCUGGAAAAAGCUUUCAACAAUCACAUAUGCACGUCCAUGAUCUAAAAGCGUUUCAAAGAGACAGUUUUAAUAUAAGUCACAGGAUUAUUCGUUUAUCAUAUGGAGACUAUUUUCCAGGUGUCGUGAAUCCCCUUGAUGGUGUGAAAUGGACACAAAUAACCCCAACUGGAAUGUAUCAGUAUUUUCUCAAGGUAGUACCAACCCUUUACACAGAUGAUAGUGGACACAGUAUUCAAUCAAAUCAGUUUUCAGUAACUGAACAUUUCAAGGGUGCAGAAGUUGGGCGUCUUCAGACUCUUCCUGGAGUUUUCUUUUUUUAUGAACUUUCACCUAUCAAGGUUACUUUCACAGAGGAGUAUGUUUCGUUUUUGCACUUUCUGACUAAUGUUUGUGCGAUUGUUGGAGGUAUUUUCACUGUUUCGGGGAUAUUAGAUGCGUUUAUAUAUCAUGGUCAAAAGGCUAUUACAAAGAAGAUGGAGAUUGGAAAGUUUAAUUGAUGAUGGAAUUAACUCAUAAAAAUGGCAUUUUUUGUGAAAGAGAAACAGAUCCCCAUGAAAGAUUGUUUUAAAAAAAAAAAUUAGUUCGAUUCCGGUUUAUUACAAUCGCUUUAUUUAUUUAUUUAUUGAAGGUAAUAAAGUCGAUGUAAAAAUCUCAUGGGUAUAACAAAUUCAAUGUCAGCGGCUACAUUUUUUUUAUUAUUAUGAUAAGUAUAUGAUUUUAUAAUA